GGCAAUUUCAAUCAAAAAGCUCUUUGAAAUGUAAAAUUUGUUUUUGACGUACUUAUUUAAAUUAAAUUAAUAUCAAUAAUUAUGGGAGUUAGACAAUUACAAACGUAUGUUAAGAAUUAUGUUUUAAAUGGGUACAUAAACGUUUCAUUGUACGACGAAUGUAAAGAUUUUAAAAGACAAUACAGCACUAAACCAAUCCUUUUGAUUGAUUUGCAUUCCUUUUUAAGGAUAUUACUUAAAGAUUUGAAGGAAGUUCUUUGCGGAAUCAGACAUCAGAAAGUUUAUGAACGACUUGAGGAGUUUCUGGAAGAUAUAAGCCAAAUAGCUGAUUUGGUGUUUUAUAAUGAGGGUCCUGUAUUCCCAGCCAAAUUAUCAGAAUGGAUUAAUAGACAAAAUCAAGAAUUUACAAGAGCCAAAAACGUUUUGGAACUAAUCAAUCAGGAACGUCCAUUAGAAGAAAUUAUUGAGCGUGUUAAAAACAUUGAAGUUCCGAUAUCUCAUUUCGAAAUCGUUGAAAGCUUAGCUAAAAAAUAUGGUACUUUAAAGACAGCUGUAGAUAAGGAAUGUGACACAGAAAUGGCGCAAUAUGCCUGCCAAGAUCCACUAGUUUUGGCAAUUCUAGCUGACGAUUCAGACUUUUUAAUCUUUCCUGGAAAUUGGAGAUACUUUUCAUUGCGAGACUUGGACCAAAAGACAUUUGAAACUAAGGAAUACAACAGAGUAGCUUUACGUGAAAAUUUAGGCUUAAAUGAUCAAGAGCUGGUGCUGCUCUCAACUCUCAAUGGAAAUGAUGUGAUUUCGUUUGACAAAGAUUCAUUCUAUUUCCAUAAAAAACUCGUUAAAGAACGUUAUUCAUGCUUACAACGUUUUCCAGCUAUCGCACAAUACAUAAAGGACAAUAAUCUGUUAGACAAAAAGAACUUGCUUGCUGAUGUUGCUAAUCGUUUAUUUGAUUGGAAGUUUAAACUGGAUGCUAAUGGAUGUAUAGGAAAAGUUCGCGAUAGCUUCAAAUUUUAUGAUGUUGCAUCCAAAAAUGAGAUUCCAGAUUCUGAGGAUGCAACGAUGGUCUACUGUCGGCAAAAAUCCUAUUAUUUUGUGCAUUCAAUUUUGAGUCACAUGACUGUCAAGCUUACUUUUAACUAUUUUGAUCAUGAACGUUCAAAUAACUUUUUUACGACUGUCAACUGCUUGUUUAGAAAGGAAAUUGGCAUAAUCUUAAAGGAUAAACCAUUUCGACGAUAUAGAAUAUGCUCAAAAAUGUCUCAUGCUGAUGAAAAAUAUGAAAUGAUCAGCUUUAAUCCAAUAAUUCCAAAAUUUAAGCAGCCACCAUUGAUUGAACUUUUGGAUCGACUCCAAUAUCCAGAACAUGAUGAACUUAGGUUUAAAUUACUUAAAUGGCUGAUCUGUGAGCAGAAAGAUAAUCAUAUUAACUUUGAAUCAAUUCCUCAAAAUAUAUUUCUGGAUGUUUUGGCAUUAAUUUAUAUGGUACAUGAAGGAUUAAUUGAUGUUAUUGAAGCUGAUAUUAUUUUGCUGUCAAUUAAGCAUGUUGAAAACGGAGAUGUUCCUGAAGAACUGUCUGCUCCUGAAAUUCUUCAUCCACGAGCAUUUUAUGUAUCGAUGAUAUUCUCAUAUUGUCAUUAUCAUGUCACAAGAUGUCUGGAAAUUACAGGAUUGAAAAGUCUAACGAAGCUUCUCAACUUUGAUGGUGUCUUGUUUCAUAACAUUUUUCGUGAGCACAUCAAUCAACCUUUUUAUUAUCAGAUUCUUCUUGCUGAUUUCGCAAAUUAUCGUCAUUACGUUUAAUUAUUAUUUAGGAUGACUUUAUUUUUUGAAUAACUGUUAAUUUAUUAUUUCAUGUUUACUUUAAAAUCGUAUUGGAUGUUUAACUUCCUAAUCUCCUAAUCAUGUGGAGUAAAACUCAAAUUAAUAGCUUUUUAUUGAAAGCUAUAGUUAGAAAAAUCACUUAACUUAAAGCUCAUUAGCUGAUUUGACUUCAAUCAGCUUAUGCUGUAUAGUAUGACGUCAAGUGUAAAAGUGCCUUUAAACUAGAAAAUAUGAACUUUUCAUUCAAAAAUUAGCACAUUGUUCCUUUUUAAAAUUUUAAUUCAUGUAUGUUUAUGUUUCAUUCAUUCAAAACUUUUUACUUAUAACCGUAACGACUAGCUAAGUAGAUAAAUACAAGUUUAAGCAAUUAAAAGAUUAAAGAUUCAUGAUUUUAUUAUGACAUAACAAUGUGUUGAGUCUCGAUAAAUGUUUACAGCUUACAAGUUUAAAAACGAUAAAUUAUAUCUUUCUAAGUUCUAAAACUUGUUGACAAACGUUAGAAUAUGAAAUUCUUUUGGAUAAAAGUUCCUUAAUAAUUUUUCUGAACGGCAUUUCAACAAUUAAGUAAAGAGCAAUAGCCAGGAUGAUUGAUAUGAAUAAGUCACCAACUGCAUCUAUAAACUGUAAGUAAAUAAAGCUUUAGAAAUUAAUAAAGUUCUUCCAAAAUAACUUACUAAUGGGACAAGAUCUAACGUAAGUGGCUGUUUGCGAAUCACAACAGUUCCGAUUAUAACAGCUGGAUGGACUAGAUAUAAUGAGAAUCCAAUACGAUCAACAAUGAUCCACAGUAAAUUAAUUGGGAUAUUCAUAGUUGACGUUAAGUUUGUAAGCUUAGCAUCUCCACGGAGAUAAUUGCUUAGAAAGAGAACAGUUCCAGCAAAAAGAGCAACAAGCAAUCUGUCAAUCGUGAAUAAGAAAAUGUUGAACUUUAGAUCGCCAAAAACGAAAUUCCAUGCGAAUAACUUAAACAGCAUGAAGAUUAUGAAUCCAUAAAGUGACCAUUUCACAUG